AUGGCUGUCUUGAUCCCCCUGUUGCUCUCUGCUUUUGCGAUAUUACUCUCUUACUUGCUGUGGAAGUUCAUUAAGGCUGAUGCAGACAUAAGCCUUCUCAUGAAGCCAACACCAAACAGACUUCACUUCAAGGAUAAAGUCGUCUGGAUUACUGGAGCAUCAUCAGGCAUUGGUGAAGCUUUGGCAAGGAUGAUGUCUGAACAGGGAGCUCGACUCAUUAUUUCAUCUAGAAACAAAGAACAACUUGAGGACAUCCAAAAGUCAAUGAACAAUGGACACAAUGUGAAGGUGUUGGUUCUUGAUUUAUCAAACAUGCCAAAUGCACCAGGACUGGUGCGGCAGGCAUUGGACAUGUAUGGACACAUCGACGUGUUGGUGAACAAUGCAGGCAUAUCCUGCCGGGUUCCAGUUGAAGAAGUGACCGACGACUUGCUGAGAAAGAUAAUGGAGGUUGACUUCUUUUUUGGUCAGGUGGCACUCACACAGGCGGUUUUACCAGAUAUGCUGGAGCGUAGGUGUGGUCAGAUUGUGAACGUUCUCUCUGUUCUUGGGAAAUUUGGUUGUCUAUUGAGAGCACCAUAUUCAGCUGCCAAAUUUGCUUUGAAUGGAUAUAUGUCUACUCUUCGACUUGAGAUAAGGGCAUUUCAGUGUGUAACAUAAUGCCUUGUCCUGUUAUCACAAAUGUCAGUAAGAAUGCUCUUCUUGCCGAGGCCAAAGCAUUUGGAAAGACAGACAGACUUAGUGCAACCGAAAUGAAGGCGAAGAGGUGUGCCGAACUGAUCAUCAAGACAAUGGCAUCUAUUGUGCAAGAGUUGAUGUGAUUUUGAAUUCGUUGAAUUCUAGUGAUAAUUAUAGAAUGGCAGUUAUGUCAGUCUGUUGGUGACUGUUUCUUGUGUGAUGUUUGUAUAGGCUUGGAUAAGCACACAGCCAACUCUCACAGUCACGUAUGCAUCACAGUAUGCACCCACUUUGCUCAAGUGAAUGAUAACAGAGAAACGUGUGAAAGCACGACGAAGUGAUUUGAAGGACGAGUUACAGCAAUCAGAAACAGCAUAUUAACAAUUGGUACUCUUGAUGUGAUACUGUGAAGAUUUUUGAAUUUGUAUCACAUUUUCAGUUUUGUCUGUUUCUGUUUGGCUCAUCACUUUGCUAGCACACGUUAUCCUAUAUAAAUGUGUUUGCAUUGAUGGUCU